AUGAUGCCCGGCUACCUGGCGCUCUGCGCCCUCUGCUUCCUGGUGACGACGGGGCAAAGUUGCGCGCCGUUGGAACUGGACUGCCCCACCGGGGGCCACCAUGAGCCCUGGGACACUGAGUCUGAUCUUCAGGACCACCAUGGAGGCGGCAGCUCCAGCUUGGAUGGGUGCGACUUCGAGGAAGGGCUCUGCACCUUCUCCCACAGCAAUGAUGCUCCCACCGCCUGGACCAGGAGAACAGGUCUGAACGCCACCGGUCCCUCUUGCGACCACACGGGGCGAAGGACAGGACAUUACCUUUUGCUGUCAGGUCCCAAUGGAACACGGCCUCUCGCUAGGUGGAGAAGUGUUGUUCUUCUUCCGACCAACUCCUGUGAGAUGUCCUUCUACCAUCACUUUGGGCGAGUAAGCGGUGCACUGCAAGUCCUGACCCAAACGCACGCUGCCGGUCCGCUCCAGCAGGUCUGGUCGCGGUCACAGUUGGGGUCGGGACCCCCAGAGGAGGCACUGUGGGUCAGGACUACGGUCUCCCUCAGCAGCACCCAAAGGUUCCAGGUCAUCUUGCAAGGGGAGCUGUACGACGUCAGCAGCCCCUCGGAGGUCCUGGCCAUUGAUGACAUUGGAUUUGACAAGGGCUGCAUCAUAGUCCCCGAUGGCUGCUGUGGCUUUGAGUCAGGCCUGUGCGGCUGGCGGAGCAGGACGGCGCACAGACCCAUGGGAUGGCGACGGGUGAAGCCGGAGGACAUCUCUUUCAAUGGCAAAGCGCCUGCUGUGGACCACAGUGAAGGCUCCGCCCAUGGCCACUACCUUUGGCUGGAUGGGGGUUCCAGUGCCUCUGCUGCUGUUGCCCACCUCGAAAGCCCCACCUUCCCCUCCUCAGGGGCCAUCUGCAACCUCAGCUUUCAGUACAGCCUUUGGGGCCACAGUGACCUGAGGGUGUGGCUUCGCACCGCUGGGGGAAACCAGGUUUUGUUCCACGGCGACCAAGGAAAAGAGGACAUGUGGACGGGGGUCAACAUCCCGCUUUCUGGCCAGGAGGAAUUCGAGGUUGUUCUCGAAGGCCGUGUUGAUGGUGAGAUGGCGUUCUUGGCCCUGGACAGCGUCCGCUUUGCUGACUGUCCUUGGUUGACCUUGGGGAGCACAGCACUACGGGAGGGCACAGCCUGCGCGGCCGCCUGCUCCUUCGAGUCGGGCUGGUGCCACUGGGAACCUCUGGGCUGCGGAGAUCCAGGUUGGAAGCGAGUGGACGGCCGUUCCGGUGAUUACCCUGGAGCCCCCAGCGCAGACCAUACGCCGGGCACUGGAACUGGGUCCUUCGCUUUCGUGGGAGGCACUGCCAAUCACUCUGCUGUGGCAGCGCUUGGAAGUCCAGUCCUGAUUAAAGUUCCAGAAGCCCCGCCUCCUUGUCAGCUGAGGUUUUGGUACCAGUUAUCCGACGGGGCAGAGCUGAGAAUCCUCACUUGGACCACCCUGGGAAAAGACUUUGCUCACCUGGCCAGCCUUCAUGACCCCACUGGUGCAUCUUGGCGGUACCUGGAGGUUGACAUAAAGUUGGAAGGUCCUGAAAAUAAGAUGCCUUUCCAGCUGGUGCUCCUAGCCUCCUUGAAUGGGAAACUUGCAGCAGUGUCCUUGGAUGACAUCCAGGUGACGCCACCAUGCUCCCUGGCUAAUGUGUCCCUUCCCAUUCCUGGUGGAAACAUCUCAGACUGCGGCCCCAUAAUGCUCUUCACCAGUGACCCCUGCCCACUACAUGUGUCGGUGGACCUUGAUGGACACGCCCUAGUCACCAGAGUCAGUGAGGGCCAGGACGCUGUCUUUGCCCUACUGACCCCUGGUCUGCACCAGGGCCUGCAUGGCUCUGCCUCCCUGCAGUGGGCAGCCAAUGCCUCCCUCUACCUGCGCCACCCUGCCUCAGGGGUGGGCCCCAUGACCGUGGGGGAGGUCACGGGUGUGGGUACCAUCAUGGCAUCGUUCUGGAUGUCCAGAGACAAGUGGAUGCCUGGGUCAGUGACCCUGGAGGCGGUCACUCUGCCAGGUCACUAUAUACACCAGAGGGGUGGGGCGGUCUGGGUUGCCGCAGAUGACAAGACCCCAAGCUUCCGGGAGAGUGCCAGCUGGAGAAUGAUCCCCGUGCCCCCUCCGCCACUCCCCUGCCCUCCCGAUUUCUUCCAGUGCCGCACCGGAGAGUGCAUCAGCGUAUGCAAAGUGUGUGACUUCACGGCUCACUGCCCUGGUGGAGAGGAUGAGACUCAUUGCCCUGAAUACUGUGACUUUGAGCGGGACCCAUGCGGCUGGUACGAAUUUGCUGCUGGAGACGGCUUCGACUGGGUCAGGAGCUCGGCCGUCGCGAUUCCCCCUGAGUUUCAGGGCAAGACCCCACCGUGGGACCACACCAUGAACUCCGCGGAGGGACAUUUCAUGUUUGCGCUGAAGAACAGGACCAGGUUGGCCCAGAAGGCCAUCCUCAGGAGUCCUAAGUACAGCCAGGCUGGCCCUGGGUGCACCAUCACUUUCUGGCACUACAACUCAGGCCAUUCAGUGGGCGCAGCAGUUCUGUACCUGCUUGUCGAGGGCAUGGACAACAUCACGAUGCUCUGGCGGACACUGUAUGAUCAAGGUGACCAAUGGCACAACGCAACCGUGCACCUGGGCCGAGUCGCCAGGCCCUUCCAGCUCUCCCUGUCCAAGCUCAGCCUGACCUUCUUUGAUGGCAUCUCUGCCCUGGACGAUGUUGUCUUCCAUAAUUGCUCCCUGCCACCGCCGGUCCAGGAGUGCCUUGGGGAAGACCGCUUCCACUGCACCAGCAGUCGUGGCUGCAUCGCCCGGUCAUUGGUGUGUGACCUGGUGGAUGACUGUGGGGACGGAUCUGAUGAAGAGGGCUGCUCUCCAGAUCUGCAGUGCAGCUUUGAAGAGGGCCUGUGCAGCUGGACGCAGGAGUUGGAGGGUGACGUGUUCGACUGGACCCGCAUCCAGGGCCCCACGCCCACACCCGACACGGGACCCUGGCGGGACCACACCCUUGGCCACAUCAAUGGACAUUACCUCUUCAUCGAAGCCUCUUCCCCACAGGAGUUUAUGGACACAGCUGUGCUGGUGAGCCGCGGUUUCCUACCCACCACCAAACCGCAGCCCCCCAGUUCUGACACCCGCAACUGCAUCUUCCGCUUCAACUACCACAUGUAUGGAAAGCAUAUCUUCCGCCUGGCUGUGUUCUUGCGCACAGCUGCCAGUGGGCGAGGCCAGACGCUGUGGGCUCGCUACGGCGACCAGGGGAACCUUUGGCACAGGCAAGAGCUUGUGAUCACCAGCAGCCAGCCCUUCCAGAUUCUGGUGGAGGGCAUGGUGGGCGACGACUUCAAUGGAGACAUCGCUAUUGACGAUUUGUCCUUCCUGGAUUGCUUUCCAUACGAUGGAGAAUUCCCCUCGCCGGGCUCCACUCCGUCUCCAGUCACUGUUCUGCCGUCCACGAGCAUUCCCCACACGUGUGCCAAUGGACAGAUGGUGUGCGCCACCACUGGGUACUGUGUCGAUCUGGCCAAGAGGUGCAACUUCCAUCCGGAUUGCCCCGACGGUGCGGACGAGCUGGAUUGCGUGAAGGAGCGAUGUGAUUUCGAAGGGGGUGACACUUGUGGGUGGUACCGCAGCUGGUCCAAUGGCUCCCUGCAUGUGUUCCGGUGGUUUUCAGGUCAAGGCCAGUCCAUUCAUCAUGGGGAAGAGUACCACCGACCGGCCAAUGAUCACACCCUAGGCACCCCCAAGGGCUGGUACAUGUAUGCCGACAGUUCCAACGGAGGUUAUGGCCAAAUCAAUGACCUCCUGACCCCCAUCAUCUCCAACACGGGCCCCCGGUGCACUUUAGUCUUCUGGUACCACAUGAGUGGCUUCACAGUGGGAACACUACAGGUGUUGAGCAAAUUCGGAAGCAAGACCCACGAGCUCUGGUCCCAGAGUGGCAACCAGGGCUACCUCUGGAAGCGUGGAGAAGUCUUACUGGGAAUCCAUCACAACUUCCAGGUGAUUCUGCGGGCGAAGCGCGGCAUCAGCUACCUGGGCGACGUGGUGGUGGACGACGUCUCGUUCCAGGACUGUGUGCCACCGCAAGCUCCCACGGGGCCGUGCACGUUGGAGGAGUUUGCCUGCGCCAACGGCUACUGCAUCCCUUCCGAGCACCUUUGUGACUUCAUCGACGACUGCGGGGACUGGUCUGAUGAGAACCCCUACAUCUGCAUCGGCUUCAAUGGCCGCUGCAACUUUGAGUUCGACCUCUGCUCCUGGCACCAAUGUCAGCAUAAUGACUUCAACUGGCUGACCAAGGCGGGCGGCGCCUCCAUGGGGGGCACGGGCCCCUCCACCGACCACACCGUGAGAGACCCCUCGGGCCACUACAUCUACCUGAAGAGCUCCUUCCCGCAGACAGAAGGGGACAUCUCUCGGAUUGUGAGCCCUAUGUUGAGCUCGAGGAGCCGGCAAUGCAAGGUUGUAUUUUACCUCCACAUGUCUGGGGACGGGGUUGGCACGCUCAGCAUCAUGUUAGGGAGGUCCCCCCACGAUCAGCAGCUGCUGCUCAACCUGACGGGUGACCAGGGUAACUACUGGCAAGGCCACGAGGUCCCGCUCUCUUCCACCAAGGACUUUCAGCUUGUGUUUGAGGGCAAGGUGGGAAAGAGGGGAGAUAUCUGCCUGGAUGACAUCACCUUCACCCGUGGCUGUCUGUUGUCCUCAUCCCCGGGGCUUUUGGAAGCCAUGCCCCCACCUCCUUCAGACUCCUGCCCCCGAGGAUACCUGGGCUGUGGGAACGGCCAUUGCUUCCAGCCAGAGAAGAGCUGUAACUUCGUGGAUGACUGUGGUGACGGGUCCGACGAGGCCAACUGCGGCACUUCCUGCACCUUUGAGAGCGGCCGCUGUGGCUGGAAGAACUCCCAGGCUGACAGCUUUGACUGGUCUCUGGGCACAGGCUCCGCCCAGAGCUUCCAGCCUCCCGUGGACCACACAUUACAGACUGAGAACGGUCACUUUGUCUACCUGCAGGCCACACCCAUAGGCCUAAGAGGCGACAAGGCUCACAUGAAGAGCUCUGUGUGGAAGAAAUCCAGCCCCACCUGUAAGCUGACCUUCUGGUACUACCUGUCUUCCAAAGCCACCGGCAUCAUGCGCCUCCUCGUCAAGACCAGCAGUGGGAUCAAGGAGGUGUGGAACAUCACGGGGAACCAGGGGGCCCGCUGGAACCGGGCUGAGGUGCCCCUGCGCAAGAUGAGGAACUUUCAGCUCAUCUUCGAGGGGAUCCGAGCACACGACAUGAGUGGGGGAGCUGCUUUGGAUGACCUUGAGUUCUCCAACUGUGCUCCAAAACUUGUGCUCCCAGGAUCCUGCCCCUCCAUCACUGACUUCGUGUGCCAGAAUGGCGACUGCAUCGAGUCCCACCUGGUGUGCGACAAUAAGGCCGACUGCAUGGACGAGUCGGAUGAGCUCGACUGCAGACACAUCCUGGCCCUUCCAGGGGCCUGUAACUUCAAUGUCCCCGACUCCCACUCCUGGGAGGAAGUCUGUCAGCUCAGCCAGAACACAGAUGAUGACUUUGACUGGAAGGUGGGCCACACCAGGGAGACCCCAGGCACAGGGCCCACAGCAGACCACAGCCCCGAUGGAUGCGGCAAAUUCCUAUACAUUCACUCUGCCGUGCAGAGGGAGGGCGACGUUGCCAGGAUCACAACCAGAAUUCCUUUCGCUGCAAGCAUUGGUGUGUGCCACCUCCGGUUCUGGUACUACAUGUUUGGAUCUCACCGAAUGGGUACCCUAAAGGUGUACACUGUUGGGGAGACCGGGACAGACCUGCUGAUGUGGGCCGCCAGCGGUAACCACGGCGACCGGUGGAAGUACGCCAGCGUGGCGCUCUCCAACACCCAGCACUUCCGAGUGGCCUUCGAGGCAGAGGCAGGGGGAGAUGUGCGGACGGACGUCGCCCUGGACGACAUCUCCUACACCGCGGAAUGUGCCGUGGGAGCCCCUGUGACUCCAGAACCAGUGACUUGCCAGCCAGACUUGUUCCAGUGUCUUCACGAGUUCCAGUGCAUCCCGCGCAGCUGGCAGUGUGACGGCGAGAAGGACUGCGCCGACCUGUCUGAUGAGGAGCAGUGUCCCACCCGCAUUCCGGGAACUGUGCCCCCCCAGGACCGCUGCGGUCCGGGACGUUACCAGUGUACAGACGGCCGCUGCCUUGCCUCCCUGUUUCGCUGUGAUGGGGUCCCUGAUUGCCCACAUGGUGAAGAUGAGUUUAGUUGCCCACUACUGAGGUGUUCAGACGGAGCCCUAGUUUGCGAGGAAACAGCCAAAUGUAUCCCAUCUUGGCAGCGCUGCGACGGCACCGCCCACUGCCUGCCCUUCCUGCCCGAUGAGUCCAGCUGCCAAGAGUGUCCCCCGGGAUACUGCAUGAAUGGAGGGAUCUGCCAUUUGAAGAAGUUGGGACCUUUGUGUAGGUGCGCUCCGGGCUGGGUAGGCAAUCGCUGCCAUGUGAGGGAGAAGCCCCAACCCCCCGUGUCUCCAACAGGGCCUACGGGCAGGGGGCCAGAUGCUGUGUUAACCAGCCUGGUGGCAGGGCUGGUCCUGCUGGUGGCCGGAGUGAUUGUUAUCGUCCUCCUCCUGUACCACAGGAAGCUUCGUCCGUGCAGUGACUCUGAUGGAAUGGAUGUGGCAAUUAUGGGUAACCCAGAGCUACACCUUUUUGGUCGCAAGGUGAGAGUAUUUUUCAUUUCAGGUAUUAACAUGUCAGGGGUUCCAUGA